AUGGAGACUUGUCUUGGGCUUCUCUUGGUGCUUAUAACUUUGGCUAUCAUUCAUAUUGUUCAAUCUCAAGACCAACAAGGUUUCAUCAGUUUGGAUUGCGGGCUACCGACGACUGAACCGUCUCCUUAUAAAGAGACUGAUACUGGACUGUGGUUCUCUUCGGACGCAACGUUCACACGGAGCGGAAAAACCGGUAGAAUCAAAGAAAAUCUUGAGGGAAACUCGAAGCCAUACAAGACGCUGAGAUAUUUUCCGGAUGGGUUACGAAACUGUUACAAUCUGAGCGUGGACAAGGGACGUAGAUAUUUGGUCAGAGCUACUUUUGUGUAUAGAAAUUACGAUGGUCUUAACAAUGGCCCUGUCUUUGAUCUUUAUCUUGGACCUAACCCAUGGGCGGAGAUAGAUUUACGACAAGUGAAUGAUACAGGGGAGGAGAUCUUACACAUCCCAACAUCAGACUCUUUGCAGAUUUGUCUUGUCAAGAAUGGGACGACUACACCGGUAAUAUCAACUUUAGAAUUACGGCCAAUGGAAAAGGAUGCAUACAUCACUAAGUCUGGUUCCUUGAAGCUUUUCUUCCGUAGAUAUUAUAGCAACUCAGGAUCUAAUAUACGGUACAUGAGAGAUGUCUAUGAUCGCACAUGGGUUCCAUUUUUCAUGAAGGAAUGGAAACAGAUUUCCACCACUCUCCAAGUGGACAUUUCCAAUACUUAUGUUCCAUCGCAAGAUGCAAUAAAAAAUGCUGCCACGCCUGCUGAUACAAGUGCGCCAUUGACGAUCAAAUGGAGUUCAAAAAACUCUGAUCACCAAUAUUACUUGUACGCACACUUUGCUGAGAUCCAAGACUUGCAAGCAAAUGAAACCAGGGAGUUCAACUUGUCACUGAAUGGAGUUCAGUUUUAUGUCCCUUUCGUACCGAGAAAGCUAGCUGUAUUUACUGUUUUAAGCCGGUCACCGAGAACUUGCAAUGGAGGGGAAUGCAAUUUCCAGCUGAUUAGAACCAACAGAUCAACUCUUCCACCUCUACUUAAUGCCUUGGAAGUCUACACAGCUAUUCAGUUUCUGCAGUCCCAAACUGAUGAAAGCGACGUGGAUGCUGUAAAAAACAUCACAGCCACCUAUGCAUUGAGUAGAAUCAACUGGCAAGGAGAUCCAUGUGUGCCUCAACAGCUUAGGUGGGACGGUUUAAACUGUCGAAACACGGAUAUGUCUACGCCACCAAGAAUCACUACUUUAAACUUGACUUCAAGUGGUUUAACUGGAACCAUAGCAGCUGCCAUUCAAAGUCUUACGCAACUAGAAACAUUGGACUUGUCGAAUAAUAACUUGACUGGAGAAGUGCCGGAGUUUCUAAGCAACAUGGAAUCGUUGUCGGUCAUGUAA